AUGAAGUUUCACCAAUUCGCUGGUGUCCUUCACGGCUUGCGGGCCAGAAUGCACAAGUUCCAUGCACAAUUGAGACUCAUGCCUAGGCCUGUCCACAGUCAGUCAGCAGCCAUGGAAGAAGACGCCGAGCCAGAGUAUAUCUCUCGCACUGGCACCGAGGAGAUUGACACAGUCGCGGUUUCACCAGUUCAUCCUGAGUACAUGGUCACCGGGACCUACUCUCUUCUUGCCAGCGAGGAGACCCCAGAGUACGAAGCGCAGGUCCGCAAAGGCUCGCUUGAAAUCCUGCUAGUGACCCACAAAUGGAUGCCUAGAUACGCGGGCAUGCUGCCACCUAAUCUCGAGAAGAUAUCCUUCUCUUGUGCCAUUCCUGACAUCCACUUUCACCCCACCGAUGGCUCGCUACUCGGCGUUGCCACCAGCACUGGAUACGUUCACUUCUUCCGGUUCUACAAGCACGGUGAUGUUCUUGGGCGUCGAGUGGACGCCAGACUCCUUCCAAUGGGCUUUGCAAAGGUUGCGGACGCUGAUGAACACGGUCUCAAGCCAUUAGUCACCCAGUUCACUUGGUCCCCUGAGAUCAGCACCCACGGCGUCACGGGUAUCGAUGAUUUCCACCGCGCAGGCCUUGCAUUCACUUCAUCAUUUGGCAACACUAGUUAUGUCAUCGUUGAGAUUCCAGCAAUCCGAGACGUGUUCGACCAUCGUCUUGCAAAAGAGGUCCCAGAGCUCACGCAUAUGUCUGCGAAGCUCCACAAGCAUGAACUUGAGGCCUGGACGGUCGCCGCCGUUACCCUUCGCUCCUCAUAUGACACCUUCGACCGUUUGGUCUUCAGCGGCGGGGACGACUCUGCAUUGAUGGCCACGUCCGUCCAGCUCCCAAACACUACAUCGCCAUCCUUCAAUUACGAUGACGUCUCCAUCAAUACAAAUCUGCUCUGGAGAGAUCGCCGUAGCCACGGAGCAGGCGUUGUCGCAAUCCUCCCACUCCCAGCCAUGCACGUACCGCGUGACACCGGGAUGCACGGUAAGAAGGAAAUCCUGCCUCUGCUCACGGGCAGCUACGACGAGACACUACGCAUAUUUGAGAUCGACAUGGUGUCGUACCGGCCCGUGCUGCAGAAAGAGAUGAAGUUUGCUGGUGGCGUGUGGAGACUCAAGGUCUUGGACGAAUACAGCACGAUCACGACCGAUCAAGGCGAACUGAUGCUCCUAGAGCACGAAGAAGAACAUACCGCGCUGCGCACCAAGCACUUCGGCGGCCAAUUGGAACACCACACGUUGAUAGUCGUCUCGUUGAUGCACGCGGGCGCGAUGAUCAUCCGAGUCACGUACACCCGCGGCACGGACCUGUCAGGCUGUUCCUGGAGCAUCACGCCGCUGCAGCGAUUCCGCGACGGACACGAAAGCAUGGUCUACUGUUGCGCCGCCCGCCUGGAACCCCCCCCGGUCUUGUUCCCACGCUUCAGCUACAAGGCGGUCCUGAAAUCCAGCAAGCCGAGAAGAGAGGGUGACGAUGACGCCCGAUGCCCCACCUACACCGUCGUCAGCACCAGCUUCUACGACAAGAAGAUUUGCACUUGGAAGUUCAUCGAUCGCUUCAAGGGCCGUGCUCAGCUGAAGCCCAUCGAUUGCACGAGAAAGAACGAUGACACAGUUGGUCGUCGGGUAUUUCAACAAGCUUGA